UUUUAAGACAACAUUCCUAAAAUUCCUUAUCCAAGAUCCGGAUAGAGUUAAACCCGGGUAAAACUCGGAUCCAAAUGAAUUAAUGCAAAAAAACCCUGUAAAAAUGUAUACGUAGAUUGAUUAUCUUCUACUUGAGCGAAAAUCAAUUGAGUGAAUCAAUUUCUCGUUUGCCCAUCCAUUGAAAAAAUAAGCUAAUCAGUCGAGGGAAACUUCCGGUUAAUCUACCACUUCCCCAUCUUUUUCUUUCACCAAAUCCUCAAACCCUAGUUCCAGAUUUGCCUAUUUAGGAUCCACCAUUUUAGAUCCUGCAUCGUCCGCUACUUCACUAGCCUCUUAACCUGCGCUUCAAUCGACUGUUACAGCAUCAUCUCUGUUCGGAGCCUCUUCUUCCUCAAAUCCACCUUCAUCUCCCUUCGGAGCAGCGCCAACGAGUGCUUUCAAGUCUUCGAUUAAACAGGAAAAUCUUGUAAGGAAUUAAAUAUCGAUGAUUGGACAAAUUUGAGUAAAAAGGAUAUCCUGCUAGGCAAAUUUCGCCACGAGAGACGAAGAUUCAGAACUCGAAGAUAGUGAGAAAUUAUAAGCGAAAGAAGGAGAACAGAUAUCGAAAGUGCGGGGUUUUUGAAAAGGCUAGAGGAAAUGAGACAAGGAUCAUGUUCUGAAGAAGGUUGCUUUACCUUGUUGAAGCUGUUCGAGCAUGUUCUUGAAUCUGACCCUCUUAUUCUCUCUGAAUUCAGUGAUGAAGUAGGUUUUAUUCACCCCUCACAAUUCAACAUGCUGGAUGAAGAAGCAGGUUCCUCCAGUGUCUAUCAAAAUGAACACCAGCCUAACAAUGAAACCUCAAGAAAAUUCUGGAAUCAAGAUCACAAAUUGGGAAUAUCAACUGAUAUACUUGUUCAAUUAUGUAAAGAUGCCAAACAUGUGUUUCUGCUUGCGUUUGAGGAGUACAAACGCCAUGGAAACGCUUGUAAUGAGUCUCAAAUUGAGAAUUUCUCUUGUUCCCCCGGUACUCCCGAGAUUGAAGUUAUGAGGCAUAGCCAAGCUGUUUUGCUGUUAAGUUCAGACUUUGGAACUGCAUGGAAUGCUAGAAAGUUGAUAUUAUCAAAAAAGGAUCAACUUUCGGCAUUCACGGAAGAACUUCGUCUCGCUGGGCUCAUUCUUUCAAAUUCUCCUAAGAGUGAGUCAACAUGGAGCCAUAGAAGGUGGAUAAUUAAGAUGAUUUCUCAGAGAUUUUCUACACCACAAGUGAUUAUAACCAAAGAAUCUGAGUUAGUGGAAUCAAUAGGCGAGAGAUCAAAGAUGAACUAUCGUGCAUGGUAUCACCGUUGCUGGUUGGUUUCCUACAUGGCAAUUGAGCAGGUGAUACAAGAGUUGAACAAAUCUAAAAGGUGGGCCGGGCUUCAUGUAGCCGAUAGUUCUUGCUUCCAUUAUCGUAGACGGUUGAUGCUCAAGAUUUUGGAGUCACUUUAUGUGAAAGGAGGCAAUGCUUAUGAUAAAUCUGAGGCACGUAAAAUCUGGAAGGAAGAGCUGGAUUGGAACAAAGAAUUGGUAGAACGUUACGUGGGACGAGAGGCCCUAUGGCUUCACCGGCGGUUCCUCUCUCUUAAUUGGAUAAUAUAUUUCGCUUGCAAUGAUUCAGAUGUUUCACCUGAACCCGGAGAGAGUAUCAUUAUGAAUGAAGAAAUUGCCAUCUUCAUUGAUAACGAGAUCCAUCUUCUAGAAUCUUCUAUGAUCGUUCCGGAUACCAAAUUUGAAGAUUUCCAAGCUCAAGCAUUGCAUGCUGGUGUCUACAUGCUAUGGCUAACAAAGAAAAUGCCAGAAUUGUGGAGAAUGGUUGAGGAGAAGCUUGGAACAGAGAAAGUGAAGUGUGUACUGAGCACAAUUGCUCAAGAGAGACCCUCACUUUUGCAUCAUUUGGUGAAUGUCUGAAGAUUCUUUUGAGAUUUCAAAAUGUUAUAUCUUUUUAUAUAUUUACGUUAAUAGCUACAAGACUGCAUUCUCCAUAAAUUGUUGUCAAACCAUGUCUCAGAAUCUCUGUUUGACAUUUUUCAUUUGCCGACAGAGCUUAAUAAGUUGAUUAAUGAAGAAGUGUUGUUGUUACA